CUCCUGAGUGAUGCAGUGGUAUGAUAUUUCUUUUUGUUUUUUUGUUUCCCUCUUUCCUUUUUCCUUUCUCUCAAUCCAUUUUUUUCCUGCUAUAAUAAAUUUACGGUACCUGGUACUUGUACCGUCCUCCAGUACGCAACGCCGUUGCGAAAGGAAAAGGCGGAAACUACUUCUCUAACUUAACUGUUUGCGGUAACCCACCAACCCCAACAACGAAAAGAAAAGAAAAAAACCACACCGCGCCCGGCAAAUUGACUUGCCCCCGAAAUUGAUGGCGUGCGGGAAAUGUCGCACUUGUGUGCUCACCGCUUUGGCUGCCUCUAGGUGCUCGUUUUCCCUCAAUCUCCAAUUGGCGAUGCCAGUGGAGGGAGAUGGAGAGAUCACGAAUCGGCUGACUGUGGGAAUCGGGGCAUGAUCCGGUUGCGGACGUAUGGGGUGGAUAGAAGGAAUUACUGGUCGUUCCUGAGCUCGUGUAGCAUUACUUUGACAGUCCAACAUAGCCUGGUAUCGACUUCGUAUGGGGGAGUGGGAAAGCAUGCCAAAAUUGCAAGGCGGGUAAGGGAAAAAAUUUGGUGAUUGCGGUUCGUCGUAGUUGCGGGAACGAAUCAUGCGCCGUAUAUCGAUGCUCUUCGGUGCUCUUACAAAAGAGGUUGAGGGCAAUUGAUAGGUAGAAGCUUUUUAUUGUGCAAUGUGCCAUGAAUGGUGGUGGUGGUGAUCCCCCCCGAGACGUUUUACUUUAGUGGGAGCGUUCCAUUUACUUUUUCCUUCCUUUCCAAGCUUCCAUCCUUCGUCCAUCAUGGUUACUUUUUCUUUUGUUUCGCAAGGCAUUACGCCAAGGACCUCGAAGAGCCAAACGGUCUGAAGAUCCACUCUCAUGGGGCACAGGUGCUGUACUCGAGUACGAGUACAAUUCGAUUCCAUCUUCGGAUGGUUGGAGUUGUGUAUACUUUGAAAGGUAUCGAUCGCUUCCCACCCCCUUUGUUUUCCUUAUUCUCACAUUUUCCUUGGCUGGCGGGGGCUGAAAAAUGCUACGAGUACUAUUGA